UCGCGCCAUCCUGCGCUCUCCGGCAUUGGGUUGGCCCCUCUAUUCCGCGCCUCCUUUAAACACCUCCCCGCCUGGCAAGCCGUUCAGCGCAACAACCACCAGCGCACAAGCACAACGACAGCGACCAAGAACAAGAAGCCGUGACCGUGAGAGGUCCGAGUGCCAGCCGCGUUUCCUAUACACGGGCAGAGGGCGGUGACCGAGGAACAGAGGAGGCGGAGGAAGAGGAGAAUUAGAAGGAUGUACUUCCGUCCGCCGCCGAAGGGCCCGGAGUGGUACGCCGGCGAUGCGGAGACGGGGCAGGCAGCGCGGCCGCUGUACCCGAUGAUGCUGGAGGACCCGCGCCUGCGCUGGGCCUUCAUCCGGAAGGUCUACAGCAUCCUCUCCAUCCAGAUGCUGCUCACCGUCGCCGUCGCCGCCGUCGUCGUGUACGUCCGCCCCGUCGCGCUCUUCUUCGUCUCCACGGCCGCGGGCUUCGGGCUCUACAUCUUCCUCAUCAUCCUCCCGUUCAUAGUGCUGUGCCCCCUGUACUACUACUACCAGCGCCACCCGGUGAACCUGCUGCUGCUCGGCCUCUUCACGGUCGCCAUCAGCUUCGCCGUCGGCCUCACCUGCGCCUUCACCAAAGGCGAGGUGAUCCUCGAGUCGGCGGUCCUCACGGCGGUGGUGGUGCUGAGCCUCACGGCGUACACCUUCUGGGCGGCGAAGCGCGGCCACGACUUCAACUUCCUGGGCCCGUUCCUGUUCGCCGCCGUCAUGAUCCUCAUGUUGUUCGCGCUCAUCCAGCUCUUCUUCCCGCUCGGCCGCAUCUCGCUCAUGAUCUACGGGGGGCUGGCGGCGCUCGUCUUCUGCGGCUACAUCAUCUACGACACCGACAACCUCAUCAAGCGCUACUCCUACGACGAGUACGUCUGGGCCGCCGUCGCGCUCUACCUCGACGUCAUCAACCUCUUCCUCUCCCUCGUCACGCUCUUCCGGGCGGCGGAUUCGUGAGCACGGCUACGAGGUACCUGACAGCUGCCUAUGGCGCAGCCAGAGGGUGUUGGAAUGUGCCUUGCCCUACCUCACUUGAUAUCUGCUGGAAUAUUACUCUGUAGAGCAGAGCUGGUUUGGUGACCAGGGAGGCAGCCAGGGUGAUCCCUGAUCACAAUCAGCCCGUAAAGUGAAAUAAUUGUUUUGGCCAUGACCGUCGCUUUGCUUGCCGAGAUUGUUUAACGAAACUUGGUGGUUCUAACUGGUGUAUAUAUUUUUUGUCAUCUUAAUUCUU